GGACGUCAGUGUUGUAAGUGUUGCUGUUCUUGUUCGUGCCGUCCUUUAACCUAACCUGUUGAGCAUUUUUCUGCGCGUCUUCCGAAUCACUUCUGGUAUUUUAACGGAUUUAUUUUCUCGAAGCAGAAGUUGCUGGAAAGAAAAAAGCUACGAAGAUGGGCUGCGGAAUAGGAAUGAUAAAAUACCUGCUUUUCAUAUUUAACUUCAUCUUUGCGAUAUGUGGAUUGGCUAUUUUAACUCUUGGCGUUAUUGUACAUCUGCAAGUGUCAGAAAUAACCGAUCACAUUGAUACCAAUCUUUUAUUCCCAUCGAUAACGUUGAUCGUUAUCGGCAGCAUAAUCUUCGUAAUAUCAUUUUUCGGAUGCUGUGGUGCCAUCCGGGAGAGUCAUUGCAUGACGAUUACCUUCGCAUCGUUCCUUUUGCUCAUCUUGAUCUUGCAAGUGGCAGUUGCUGUUUAUGUGUUUGUUGUUAUUAAAAACAACGAUGACAAGGUUGAUAUCACAGAGAACUACGAGAAGCUAUUCAAAAAUUACGGUGUGAACGAAGAAAGCACAAAAGUGAUUGAUAUUGUGCAGAGUAGCUUGCAUUGCUGUGGUGUCUAUUCUCCGAAAGAUUUCAGUCUUCACAACCUCUCUAUUCCGCCAAGUUGCUGUGGCUUAACAGAAAAACAAACCUGCUCUUCAAGCGAUGCGUAUCCAGUAGGCUGUUUGUCAGAACUAAAGCGAGCUAUCUCGAACGCUGGAACUAUACUUGGCAGCUUAGCUAUUGCUAUUGCCGGUGUUGAGUUGAUUGGAAUCAUAUUCGCACUUUGCUUGGCAAAUUCUAUAAGGAACGCUCAACGCAGAGGCUACAGAGUGUAAGAGUUCAAAGAUAGCUGAAAGAAAUAUAUAUUAAAAACGAAAAGUAAUAUAAUUGGUAACACUACCAUUAAUAAUUUGAUCUUAAGUGACAGAAGAAGUGCAGUUAUUCUAUGAAAACAAAUUUAGAUAUUUUUUUAAAUGGUAGAUCAAUGAAAAUGAAGACGGGAAAAGUGCCUGUUUUUGUAAGUUGAAGCACAAUUUUUGUUUAAAUUUUGACUUUGGUAUGUAAUAUGAAAUGUAUAAACAUGUUAUUUAAUAGAUUUUUAAUUUUGGUACAUUUCUGUUAAAUUGGAUAUAUUUUUUUUAUGUACGACAAAUAAAAUAAUUGUAUUACUGAUAACCUGUCAUUAAUAAUAAUAAUUGGUGCAAAACGUUUCUAGAGAUUCGAUACAUUUCAUGCCUAUUCUUGUUGUAUAAUUUUUGUAUAUAUUCACACACACAUACAUACAUAUAUAUAUAUAUAUAUAUAUAUAUAUAUAUAUACAUAUAUAUAUAUAUAUAUAUAUAUAUAUAUAUGUAAUAUAACGUCUUUUGCACACAAUUAGCAAAAAUUGUUAUUGAUGCACCAGAAUAUCAGAUCAUUUUUUAUAAUGUAAAAUUAAACAUUACCGAAUAUUCUGGUAAAACAAUAAGUUAAGUCACAUUGCAUAAUGUAGUUCUGCGACUAUCAUAGGAAAAUAUUUUUAUAAUAUUUUAAAAAAUACAUAUGUAUUACAUAGUGCUUUCAGAUGCUUUUAUAAAAUACUGUUUAUAUUGUUAUUUGUACAGCACACAUUCACUAUAUUUCUCAGAGGAUGUCGAAAUAUAUAUUAUUUCUUGUAAUAAAAUUUAUUUGAUCCAAA